AUGGUACGUACGUGGCAACUAUGGCUCUCCCCCCGACCCGUGAGACGCACCGAAACACCAUCGGAGCCACGUAUGCUCUCUCAAAAUGGUGCAGCGCUGUUUGAGUUCCACUACGAGCACGGUGGUCAGCUUGUGGUACGGGAGACGCAUUAUGCGGAGAACAAGCUUGUUCAGGAUGGUCGUUCAGGCCCGCCACUGCACAUUCACUGUGGCCAAGCAGAGUACUUCCAGGUUGAGAGCGGAACCUUGGCUGUCAUCAGGAAUGGAAAGAAGAGUAUUCUUGCCAAAGGUGGUGGCAUCAUCAAAAUCCCUUCCGGAACCCGGUACCGUGCCCCUCCUCUAUCAACACAGCUCCGUAGGAUUGACAAAAACUGCUGCAGUCAUAGAUUCUGGGCCGAAGCUCCUGUUACAGAGGAUCUGGUGUUCCGAGUCUGGGCAGAACCACAGAACCUGGAUAGAGGUUUUGAUGAGGCCUUCCUGCGUAACUACCUAGGCUACCUUCGAGACUGCGAAGAGCAAAACAUACAGCCCUCAGUCUUUCAGCUCGCAUUGCUUAGCUGGGGCGGCGACACCCUCCUAUCGCCGCCAUGGUGGGUUCCUCUGUGGAUGCUGAGCCUGAUUCACUUUAUGCUUGCUCAUAUAGUGGGCAGGCUUUUCUUGGGGUAA